ACAAAGAUAAGACUGCACGAAACUGGUACUUGCUAACGAGAGAAAACAACUAAAAGUGUUCAUUUAUUUGAUGGAAUACUUAAUGUUAAACAUGCUUAAAAGGAUCAUUUUGAGUGUUUGCGUUCUGUCAUUCGUAAAAGCUAAUUUUGUAAAUGAAAAUAUAAGCAUAAACAAAGACGAUUUAAGAGUACUGAUGAAUCAAAUGAAAACAUUCGAAGAAACUAUAGUAGAACUUAAAACAUCCAUCCAGGAUCUGAAAAUCAUCAAUGCUGACCAAGCAGAAACGCUCAACAAAUUGACCAACCAGUGCGUCACGAAAACGGACUUCAAAAAUCACAGACGCAAUGCAUUUCGGAGGCAAUCUUACGACAGUACAGUGGUAGCGUUCUCAGCGACUCUUAAUCGAGCGAACAUCGAACAUAUUGGCGUUCAUCAGAAUAUCGUAUUCUCUGACGUCAUCACCAAUAUUGGCAAUGGCUACAACAAUCACCAUGGUCUCUUCAUCGCGCCUGUUUCUGGAUUGUAUAUGUUUUCGACAACACUAUUGUCCGGACCAAAUGUAGAAUAUUCGGCUGCAAUUGAAAUUAAUGGAUCUGAUGUGGUCAAGAUGUUCGAGAGAGGCACGGACAAUCGUCAUGGAUCUGCAACACAAACUGUUGUCGUCCAGCUGAAAAAAGGUGAUGACGUUGCUGUACAGAGUUUGGUACCAGACCACACCUACUGGGGUGACAGAUACUCGAGCUUCUCUGGUGUGCUCCUGCAAGAACUUGAAACUUCUAAUCAAAUAGUUGGCUGAAUUUAUUUUGUCUCUUAUAAACUGUAAUAAAUAGUAUUUUUCAGUCAUAAUUAAAGCUAUACAUUCGA